AUGGACGGACGUGGCGGCCACUGGGGUGGUAACAACCCCGCGUAUCCGGGGAAGGCCCUGCAAAUGAAGAUGGUGCCGAAGGGCAUGCCUUACAUGAUGCAAAUGGUCGCGCCGCAGGGGAUGUAUCCGAAGGGAGCAAACGCGCCGAACAUGAUGAUGCCGCCGGGCGGCAACACUGCACAGAUGCCACCUUCUCGCAUGUCUCCAUACCAGGAUCCCGCAGGACACAUGCAAAAAAUGCUAGGGAAGGCCGGACCGGGUUAUAUGUCCUCUCCCAUGCAGAUGGCCCAGGGCGGUAUGAUGCCACAGGAACGCAUGGCCAACUUAUCUGCGCACAUGCAGUACCGUGGCAGCGCCGGUAACUCUCCCGUGGGAAUGGGGUACCAGCGGGCCCCAAUCCGGCAGCCCCAACUGGGACCAGGCGCCAUGGCGCACGGAGCGUCCCCCAUAUCCAUGGGGCACGGCCUAAUACAGCCUGGCACGCACCUUGGUAUGUCUCCGAGGGGAAUUGCGCCAAACAUGUCACCGUCGUCCAUGGGACAUAGCCAUCAAGCGCCUUUGGCCAUGCCCAGUAACGUGCCGCCGAAGCAUCCGUUGCACUACCCCCCACACCCGAAGCACCAGCAAGGUCCCACAAUGGGCAGCUCUACCCACGGGUCGCAGAUUAUGGGAACGUCGAAGAUGGGCCACAUGGCCAUGCAACUGGGGGGGAUGAACGUGGCACCAGGCCCGGGCAACAGCAUGGCUUAUAUCCAAGUGGGCCCCUCUGGAGCUAGUCGCAUGGUUAUGCAGGGCCCCCGUCCGGGCGCGGUGAUGACUAAACCGAAGAUGCCCGUAGACAAGGGCCCAGCCUCUCAUAUGAAAGCACCGCCUCCUGUGGCAGGAGUAGGGCAUAACGUUGCAGCGCAACCAAAUGAGAUUGCCCCUACAACGAAUCAACCGUCCGAAACUCCAUUACAGUCUCCCACGAGAGCCGCCGAUGAUGGUGCAGGUCGUCCGUCGACUCCCACGAAUGCUGAGUCGGCCCCGCGCAGGAAGCCGCCAGCGGCCAAAGUAGAGUCUGCCGAACGAAAGGCAUCGCAGGCGACGGAGGAGGUGGAAAAGUGUGUGUUAGCUAUCAUGGGCGAACAGCUGAAACAGGGGGAGGGGUUGUACGGCAAGACUUUCGUGAUGAACGAGGCGGUGAUAACGGCAACUUUAAUAGAAGGAUUCCUACCCAUACUUGAAGUGCUUUGGCAAGAAAUCAAAGGUUGGCACAAGUACGGCGUAGAUGAGCCGUAUCUGGAGUAUAACAACCCGGACAUAACUGAGCAACGUGGUCUGGUUAUGAAUCGUGAUAUGCGAAGCCUUGAGGAGUUCUACCGUACCAUGCUUGACAUAGAAAAGGUCUUAACGAUAUAUCGCACGCGUAAUAAGUCGGCAAACAAGGAUCCUGCCAAUGCAAAUGCCACGGAUGAAGAGCCGGUGACAGCGGGCAUGCUUGCACAGGAGUACGCGGAGGUGGGCUACAACCAGCGGCACUUGGUGCAGAGGAUCACUGCCGUAGACUAUCGCAAUGCGCUGGAGGGCGACUUCUGCAAGAGAUUGAUGCCCGACAGCUUCCGUUUGCAGCAGAUAAAGAUGGCGUCAACUUUGCACUUCGACAUCCACACCCCGCCGCAAUGCGUCUCUCCCCCGGCUGAGUCGGUUGACAGCAGCGCCGCGGAGAUUGCUCUCUCCAACUGCGCGAGCAGCAUGGACACUUCGUUGUUCCCUAGUAUUGCCAUGAGGCGUUUGGAGAUGUUGAAACACAACCACACGGAUAUGGGUGGUGAUAUGCCGAUGAUGUCAAUGGACAUGCGCUAUGCAAAGACCUCUGGUAUUGCGCCUCCUGCGGAUGUAAUGAUGCAGAUGUCCGCUGGCAAACAAGGUUUUUCCGGAGUACCUAUGCAGUUCCCCAAGGGCAUGAACUUCCCGAUGAUGCAGAUGUCCAACAUGUCCAUGGGUCCCGGUGGGCCUCAAGGCAUGCCCUCGCAGUUCGGCCCUAUGGGCAUGAAUGGGCCGCCUGGCAAGCAAGGUGGGCCACCUAGUAAUGUGUCUCCACGCAAGCGAUCUUCUGCUACAGCAUCGAUUAUUUUUGCGAAGCAUGGCGCUGAAAGUCCCCUAAACACUCCGGCACAGCAGAGCGCCGUCAGUGCACCGGUCAUCCCCGGACAGCAGGGUGGUAUUACUUCACCAAGCGUUCCUUCGCUGCAUGGCAACAUGGGUAUGCAGAUGUCCCUUAAUCAGUUAGGUCCAAAGAGCUUCCAAGGCCUCCACGCGAAGGAGAGUGCCAUGCUGAUGCAGGGCCCACCUUCGCAGCUCGGCCCUAUGGGUCUCCCGGGUGGACACGGUAAACAGGGGCCCAAACGCAUGCACGGACCACCUGGCAAGCGUGCUCAUGUUGGCAAAACUUUCCAUUCGCUCUUGCCGAUUCCGCCUGGGAAACAUGGACACAUGAUGCCUCCAAUGUCUGGGGUGAAGCUCGGCCCCCCCAAGCCGCCUAUGAAUAUGGGAGUGCAGGGUCAAAGUCAACAAGUUGGAGCGCCUAUGAGGCCGCCGUCUCUGCAUCCGAUGAUGCUGAAGCAGCCUCCCCCGGUCUACGGCAACAAGUAUAACUGA